UAUUCACCACUAACCAUGGAGUCCGGCGGAUUGACAACAUGAUAUAAAGAGCGAAGCGGAAGGGGGCUUUACACUAUAACGGUCCCUUUUUUGUACAUUUAUUUUUCAUUUUUCAGAGUGUACCGUGGGGUAAAGAAAAACAAUGUGAGAGAAAAAGGUUUGAAAUCCACUGGAAGAACCGACUAGGAAGGUUCGAUAGAACGAAGAGGAGGCGGGACUGGGCAGCUCGACCGACUCAGGAGCCCUUUCCUUUCUACCUGAUCCAUGAUGACGGAGGUGGGAGUGAAGUGGUCCUGCGACUACUGCACCUAUGAGAACUGGCCGUCCGCUGUUAAGUGCACCAUGUGCCGUGCACAGCGUCCCAUCAGCCCCAUCAUCACAGAGGAGCCCUACAAUAGCAGCCCCAGCAGGCUUAGUCUGGAGCCUGACUGUGGGUGGCAGGACCCUCCGAGCACCGAGGCAAACUGUGGUAGCCUCCUGAUCUGCCCAGACUCCAGUGCCAGGCCCCGUGUCAAGCCCCUCAACAUGGCUGACACUAGCUCCAAGUGGUCCUGUCAGAUGUGCACCUACCUGAACUGGCCCCGCGCCAUCCGCUGUACCCAGUGUCUGUGUCAGUGCCUGCAGAGGACCCCCUGCAGCCCCACAGAGGCCCCCCAGACAUCAGGCUCCAACGCGGGCUACCGCCCGGCCCCGGCCCCAUCUCCUCCCCCCAUGGACCCCUGUACAGAGGAGUACAACGACCGGAACAGACUCAACACCCGAGGAGGUGGCGGCGGCGGAGGCUGUGGCGGCAGCAGUAGCACCGGGCAGCACUGGACUUGCACGGCCUGUACUUACCAGAACUGUCCCAAGACCAGGAAGUGCGUCGUCUGCGACCACCCCCAGCCUCAACCUAACAACCAGGAGGCUAUUCCUAUAGAGCUGGCUGGGCAGUCCGAGGAGGCUCCCUCCUCCGUAUCCUCAAUCGUCAACGAACAGGAAAGAGACAGGGCCAGAUGGAGAGGGAGUGGGGGGAGCUGCAGUGGGGGGCUGAGCAGGGGACAGAAUGGGGGGCUGGGACAGAGGAUGACCUCUCCACCCACCUCCAAGAGGGAGGCGGAGGUAAAGAUGGACUUCCAGAGGAUUGAGCUGGCGGCCGGGGCGAUGAGCAGCAGACCGGAGCAGCGUCACCAUCCGGAGAAGAUCGACUUCAAGAAGAUGAAGCAGAUUAAGAACAGGAUGAGGAAAAGUGACUGGCUGUUCCUCAAUGCUUGUGCAGGUGAGUGA